AUGGACCUAAACCAUUUUUCCUAUAUGUCCUUCUCUGAACAAAACACUAUAGGGUCAUGGUCUUCCUCUCCGAACCUCCCUCCCCGCCCACCGCAGGAGGCACAGAGCUUUGGCAAUGGCGCCCCGUCUAGUUACCGAUUCCGUUACUCUAACUGUACCGGACGUCGCAAAGCCCUUCUUAUCGGCAUCAACUACUUCGGACAGCCCAAUCAGCUGAAGGGCUGCAUUAACGAUGUCAAGGAAAUGUCCAUUUUCCUCAACAAGCGAUACGGCUACCGGAGGGAGUACAUGGUCAUCCUCACCGACGAUCAGCAGAAUCCGAUGAGCAUUCCCACAAAGGCAAACAUGUUGAGGGCCAUGCAAUGGCUGGUCAAAGGCGCACAGCCCAAUGACUCGCUCUUUAUCCACUAUUCUGGGCACGGUGGUCGGACUCCGGAUCUCGAUGGCGACGAAGACGAUGGCUUUGAUGAUGUCAUCUAUCCUGUUGAUUACAGGAAUUCUGGACACAUCGUAGAUGAUGAAAUGCAUGACAUAAUGGUCAAGCCGCUGCAGCCAGGCGUUCGGCUGACAGCUAUCUUUGACUCAUGUCACUCCGGAACCGCUCUGGAUCUUCCAUAUGUGUACUCGACCCAGGGAGUCCUGAAGGAGCCGAAUUUGGCCAAGGAUGCUGCACAAGGCCUUUUAGAUGUGUUCCUUUCUUACGAAAGGGGUGAUCUCUCCAGCAUCGCUUCGACAGCAGUGGGCCUGUUCAAAAAGGCCGCGAUCGGAAACUCGGCGCGAGAGAAGACCGUACGAACCAAGACAUCUCCGGCAGAUGUGGUCAUGUUCUCGGGGUCAAAGGAUACGCAGACAUCGGCGGAUACUUUCCAAGGUGGCGAGGCAAGAGGCGCUUUGAGCUGGGCGUUCAUCAAGUCAUUGAAUCAGCGACCAAACCAGAGCUAUCUGCAGUUGUUGAAUAGUAUUCGAGCAGAGCUCGAAGGGAAAUAUUCUCAGAAGCCGCAGCUGAGCUGCAGCCACCCCCUGGAUGUCAAUUUGCUUUUUGUAAUGUGA